AAACAAAUAUUUGCCCCCCUCUCUCUCUCUCCUCUCUUGCGAGUGUGUCUCUGCGGAACUCCAUUUUCCUUUGUUGGGUUUUCACAGACAUUCCUCAAAUUCAUCGAUUUGAAGAGAAAAAUAUUACCCAGAAAAAAAAAAGUAGAAAAAGAAGAAAGAAAGACAAAAAAUGGCUCUUCUCAGACUCGGCUCAGUGAUGACGUUCCCAUCAUCGUCUUCUAAUAAACCCUUUCUCAAUUGCAGAUCUCCCACAAUCUCCAUGGCUUCAACUCUCCACUCCGUUCCCAAGGAGACAGAAAAUUUGAAGAAGCCCUGUUUGCCCCCAAGGGAGGUUCAUCUUCAAGUAACACAUUCCUUGCCCCCUCAAAAAGUUGAGCUUUUCAAGUCAUUGGAUGAAUGGGCCGAAGACAACAUUCUGGUGCACUUAAAACCGGUGGAGAAGUGUUGGCAGCCGCAGGACUUUCUUCCAGAUCCGGAGUCCGACGGGUUUUACGAUCAAGUAAAGGAGUUGAGAGAAAGGGCAAAAGCAAUCCCCGACGACUACUUUGUAGUUUUAGUCGGGGAUAUGAUAACUGAAGAAGCUCUCCCAACCUACCAAACUAUGCUCAAUACCCUUGAUGGGGUUCGAGACGAGACUGGUGCAAGCCUUACUUCGUGGGCAAUAUGGAAUAGGGCAUGGACUGCCGAGGAGAAUAGGCAUGGAGACCUUCUCAACAAGUAUCUUUAUCUAUCUGGACGAGUAGACAUGAAGCAAAUUGAGAAGACUAUUCAAUACCUUAUUGGGUCAGGAAUGGACCCCAAAACGGAAAACAACCCGUACCUCGGUUUCAUCUACACCUCUUUCCAAGAGAGGGCAACGUUCAUCUCCCAUGGGAAUACAGCCCGACAAGCCAAGGAGCACGGGGACCUGAAGCUGGCGCAGAUAUGCGGCACCAUUGCUGCAGACGAAAAGCGCCAUGAAACUGCCUACACAAAGAUAGUAGAGAAGCUCUUUGAGAUUGACCCAGACGGCACCGUCAUGGCUUUAGCCGACAUGAUGAAGAAGAAGAUAUCCAUGCCAGCCCACUUGAUGUACGAUGGCAAGGAUGACAACCUCUUUGAGCAUUUCUCUGCUGUUGCCCAGCGGCUCGGAGUUUAUACCGUGAGGGACUAUGCUGAUAUCCUGGAGUUUCUGGUGGGGAGAUGGAAAAUAGAGAAAUUGACCGGCCUUUCCGGCGAGGGGCAGAGAGCGCAAGAUUUCGUGUGUGGAUUGCCACCAAGGAUUAGGAAAUUGGAAGAGAGGGCCCAGGGAAGGGCCAAGCAAGCCUCAUCAAUUGUUCCCUUUAGCUGGAUAUUUGGCAGGGAAGUAAAGGUUUGAAGAAGUGUUGCUGGUUUUGGUCACAAAUCAAUCACCCUUUUACCUAUCUCAUAUCACAAAGCAAACAAUGGGUUUUUGUAGAUACUGUCGUUGCUGCAGUCUUGAGUUGAUCGCAUUUAGAUCAACUAGAAACAAAAAAGGAACUAUAUAGUUUGUGUGUCGUUUGUCUUCUGAAAUUAGUAGAAACAAUUGUUAUUUUUAUAUCUUAGAAAUGUGCAAGUUUUCUAGAGUUUGUUCCUCCCAAUAAUGAGUGAAAUUUUCUAUGAAAAUGUGCAAAGUAUGUGCUGAAAAUGAAAGGAAAAAACGGUUU